CGCAAGCAAACAUGCCCGGCCGUCACCGCGAGACGAGCAGUGGCUCGGAGAUGUGCCUCUACGUGAUCGCCUUCUUCAUCCCGCCGCUCGCUGUCGCCAUGCGCUCGGGCCACGGCGUGAACGGUUGCGACGUCCUCAUCAACAUCUGCCUGUGGAUCCUUGGCUUCUUCCCCGGCAUCAUCCACGCCUUCUGGCUCGUGUCCAAGUCGUUCAGGUACAACCCGUCCCCGCGCGUCCACGUCGUGUACCACCAGCAGCCGCAGCCCAUCGUGCACCACGGCGCGCCGGCCGCGUACGGUGCGCCGGCCGCGUACGGUGCGCCGGCCGCGCAUGAUGCGCCGGGCUACGGCGCGGCGCCGCCGAAGUACUGAGCGAGCGGGUGUGGCGCGGAGCGAGGAGGGAGGAGGAUACCCGUUGCCGUGGCUUAGCGAGGAGGACGAGCGAGGGUGUAAUGGCUCUGGACCGCUUC